UAGAAGAAUCAAAUAUAUAUGUUUUUGAUAGCUCUCUUGAAAAAAUAAAUUCUUCUUUCUAUUCGGGGAGCACUAGUAGCAUGUGAUAUCAUAAAAAAUUAAAAGACAUUAAACAGAGUAGUCUAGUCGAAUCAUUUUAAAAGAAACAAAAUGGCUGCCGAUGUGUUCUGUGCGGCGACUACCACUCCUUCCAGUGAUAACUUUCAAUAAAUUGUAUCGUAAUACAGCCCCAAUCUGUAAAAUUUCCUUAGAUUCAAUAAUUCUGGUGUGUCGGUUGUUUACGAGGAUAAAGUUAUUUGUCAUAUCGAAUAUUUAAUAACCACAAGUUAUGAAAACGACAUGGCGGACUGAUAAUCAACCAAUAGGAAGCCAGCAUCAAGCGUUUCAGAAUUGCAUGUACUCGCAUUUCGCGUCAUUACGUUUUCGGUGCCUUCUUUCUCUUAUAAAAUUUAGUAGGUAAUCUUUUCGUAUCAGUAAGUUGAUUGACUUUUCAGUUUAUAACUAAGAAAACAGUGUGAAUAUUGUGUUUAAAAUUGUUAUGAGACGAUCGUUUGAAGUGAAGUAUCCCGACGGCUGGGAUCAUGACUGCGUUGGAUUUAGGAUGAACUGAAAUGCAAUACCAUCUUUUUGUUUUUGUAAACAAGACUAUGUUUUUACUAUACACGUGCGAGACUGUAUACAAUUGACAGUUGUUUUAACGAUGUCGGGAAGGGGGGCGAAGAAACGCGGGAGGCCUCCAAAAUCGGGGAGUUUCGAAAAAAGCAGGAAAUUCCAGUAUCAUUUGUUGAAAAAACCAAAAUAUUUACUAAAUCAGCAAAAUGCAGGAUCAGCUUCGCUGGUGAGUACGCCCUCGGCAUCUAGAGCAUCGUCUCCUCAAGGAAGUGAUAUAAGUAGGCGAAGUACACGAAAACAAAGAGGAGGAAAGGCUCAUAAAAAUAAACGAGGUGGAAUAUCUGGUUCUUAUUCACGAAGAGGUUAUAAUCCUCAUGCAGCUGAUUAUCAUGAAUCUGAAUAUCACUAUGGAUCUGAUUUUGGAGAUGAAUACAGCGAUAGGUCGGAACCAGAAGAAGAUCGCGCCAGUGAAAGUUCGGAUGGCAGCGUAGGAGACGGUGCCGCGAGCGAUAGUGACUUCUCUGUCAGCAGCUACAGCACUACCAGUGGUACACCUCGUAAGGCUAAUAAUUUACUCAGACCACCAAGUCCAGAUCCUCUAUGGCUACAACAAGAACGCCAAAUUCCAGUUUUAGACCUUCCACCAUCAUCAGAUGACUUGCUAAUACCACAGAAUUUAAUUUUACAAGUUGUUGGUGUAUAUGAGGUGUUAAGACACUUCAGACAUCUAGUAAGGCUGUCACCCUUCCGCAUUGAGGACCUGUGUGCAGCGAUUAGUUGUGAAGAACAGAGCAAUCUACUUGUAGAAGUGCAUAUGAUGCUACUCAAAGCCUUGUUAAGGGAAGAAGAUGCUCAACAGACACAUUUCGGUCCACUGGACCAUAAAGACAGUGUUAAUAUUACUUUAUUUUUGUUAGAUGUUAUGACAUGGCCUGAAGUCCUUAGAAUAUACAUUGAAAGUGAUAAAUCGUUUGACCAGAAUGUUGUUAAAAUUUUAAAUGCAUGUGAAUAUCCAUUCACAUCUGUAGAGAAUCGGCUGGCUGUCCUUCAAUUUUUAUGUAAUCAAUUUUUAAUUACUAAUCCAGUACGAGAUGAUCUUCUUAGUGAAGUUCCAAUACAUUAUGAUGAUCAUUGUCGAGUAUGUCACCGGUUGGGAGAUCUUUUAUGUUGUGAAACAUGCCCUGCAGUUUUUCACUUAGAAUGUGUGGAUCCACCUUUAGGAGAUGUGCCAUCUGAAGAUUGGCAGUGUGCUUUGUGCAAGCAACAUAAAACAAUGGGUGUGACAGAUUGUCUUCCAGAUGCUGAAAAGCAAGGCUUAAUGUGUAGACAUGAACAUCUAGGGUUUGACAGACAUGGAAGGAAAUAUUGGUUUAUAGCACGGCGCUUAUUUGUUGAAGCUGAAAAUGGGCAUGUCUGGUAUUAUUCAUCUUCUGAACAGUUUGAGGAUCUAUUAAAUGUGUUGGAUUCUGAUGAAAUGGAAGCACCACUUGUACGAGAAUUAUUGGAAAUGAAACAGGAAAUUUUAAGACAAAUGGAUAUUACUGAACGUCUUACAAAUCAAGUCAAGGGAAGUAGAAAAUCAUACUUAGAAAUUGAAAAUGCCAACAUUGUCAAAGCGCGAAAAGAAAAAGAAGAACAAAAAAGACUUGACCGUAAUCCUGAAUUAAAACUAGACGAUGAUAAAAUUGAAAAUGUGUCAUCAUUAGUUGGUGAUGGAGAUGUGGUGAAUGAGGUAACUGUGGUCAGUGAGGACGCAAACCAUGAUGAUAAUGAUGAAUCUGCUGAAGAUGAUGAUAAUAAGAAGUUAAAAGGCAAUGCAGCUAGUAGGACUAAACUGCCACUUCAGAAAAAACAUGAAGAAGUAACUGAAAGGUUAACAAGACUAAAGUCCAACCAAAUCUCCAAUGGGACUUACCUCUUCAAAUUAGGAAAUGAAAAUAGUUUUAAGAACUACAUAAAUCAGUACUCUGCCAAUCCUUUAGCUUUAAACAAGCCACAGAGAAAUGAGGAGAGAGACAAAAAACGAUACAUGUCCCAUAAGUUUUCUUUAUCAUCAGCGCAAGAAUUUAAAUGGGUUGGAUUGCUAAAUGCUACGAAACCAUUAUUGGAGGCUACUCUUAGACAAACCUUAUUACAAUUGGAGUCAAACAUAGUAUUACAAUUUAUGCACCCCAACUGGUCAUUAUUAAGGAAGCCCUGGGUGCAAGCUGUACAACUGUGUCAAGCUCCCCGUGAUUUUGCCAGGGCCCUUUGUGUACUCCAGGCAUGUUUCAAAAGUGUUGUUUGGGUACCUGCGUGGCAUGAACAACUAGGUCACGUUAGAUUAUUACGAACAACUGCGACUGAUCGGGAAGAACGAAAAAAACUUGAUAAGAGAGAAAAAAAAGAAAGAGACGAAGAAGAGGAAAGAUAUCGGACUGCAUAUAAUUUUGUCAAGUAUUCUCUUGGACUACGACACCAGGUAUGGAAACAAAAAGGAGAAGAAUACAGAAUUCAUGGACAAUGGGGUUGGUUAUGGAAUUCGUCGACGAGAAAGUAUAAAAAACAUGGUGUCACAAAAGCUACUCUCAUGAGUGGCCCUGCAAAGAUAGCCGUACGAGUAAGAGAAGGCAGUAUCAUAAAAGUUUUAGCUGUUGAACCUAAAACUUAUGACUAUCUUAUUUCAAAUGAAGGCGAAAAUAAAGAUGUCAUGGAAAAAUUGCCCCCAUCAAUGCGCAACUUAAAAAUCGAUAAAGACGAUGACGGUUUUGAAGAAAUUGAUGUUGAAAAAGCACUGAGCUCUUCAACCAGAAGAUAUUACCCAAAGAUUGCAAAAAAAUCUAAGCUUGAUGAAUUUUUGGCUCGACGAACAUACCUAAAAUUUAUGGAGGAAAAGAAAUUGACUAAUUUGAUAGCCAAUGUAAAAAAAGAAGAAGCGGAAGUCAAAAGCGAGGAUGACAAAAACAUUGAUGUGGAAAACGACGAUCCAGAACCAGAUAUGUCAUCCAUUUGUGGUACAGUCAGCGGAACCAAGCAAAGAGAUGCAGGUGGAGCAGUGAAUUCUAAUAAUCUACUGGGAAAUUCAAAAGAUAAUACUAAAGUAUCAAUAUUGGAACAAUAUCUACUAGGUAAAAGUUCUUGUACCAAUUCAAGCGAAAACAUAUUGACUGAUCUGUUAUCAGCAGUUGCAUGUGCUCAAGAAUGUGACAACAAAGUUUGUGAUUCCUAUGUUAAAAGAAAAUUAAGUGGAGAUGACAGCGAUAAUGUUGAUUACAAAGUAGAGAAGGAUGAUAUUGACGAUAACUCGUGUGUAGUCAAGUCAGAGAGUACUCUUGAAGAGUCCGCCGUGCCAGCAGUCGGGAACGAAAUGGAUAUUGAUAUCACAUGCAACAAUAACGAAGAUAAUGAGGUUGAAAUAGGUCCAUUGAAGGAAUUAACUGAUUGUGAGUCUUCAGAACAAGAUAAUAAUGCCAGUACAACUAACGAUAGCAAUGAACGACCGCCCAUCCCUAAGUUAAAAAUAACAAGAGGUCGAGCUUCGAAAGCGUCUUCGACUACUACAAAUACUGGAAACAAUAAUGAAGCAAAAGAUUCAUCUUACAAAUGUUCUGUAUCAGCCAAGAAUAAUGACAAAGUAAAGUAUCGUGCAAUGGUCAAUAGAAGAUUUGGUGCAACAAAGACUCAUAAAAGAGAAGAUAAAACUAUCAAAGAAGAAAAAACAGAGGGAAAUGUGGUAAGAGUAUAUUCUACUGAGAAUCCCUCUGGAAAAGUUUAUCUCAAACGUGUACAAACAUCAGCAGUAGAAAAGAAAAAGAAACGGACUCCAGUGAAGUAUCCGCUUUGUUCAACAUUCCAUACUAGGAGUAAAGCCAAAACUAUAAUGGUUCUUCCUCAUCAUGAAUUACGAAAACUCUGUAGACAAGCUGGCCAUAAUGCCGUAGCUGGUUUCAGUCAUAACGCGAAACCUAAUCAAGCCGUGUGGCCGUACCCGUGUCCUCGGCCAUUAUUUAAGACCUGUUGGCUGUAUCGCACUGUAAAUCUUCAGUGGUUAGCAAGUGCAGCUUUGCAACUUCGUAUUAUGUGGGCUUGCCUACGUUGGGAUGACAUGGCUGCUAAGCCAGCUUCAGCUGAUGGUAAACAUCAACUUACUACUGAUACGGAAAUUGUUUCACUGGAAUUGCUAAAACAUCGACAUAUAGGGCAAUUUUCGGAGCGAACUCAAUAUCUUCGGCGACGGGUGGUAAUACCACUUGAAUUGCCGAAAACAGUUCGUGAAGUAACAUCAAUACGUAGUGGCUUAAGGAAAAGAAAACGAGCUGAGUCGCCCCAAAACACCGAACCUCAGGUCUCUGAAGAGUGGGUUGAUGAAGAUAAGCUAGAACUUUGGGAAGUUCGACAAUACGGCGAACGUACGGAGCGAGCUACGCCCGUCACUCGCACGUCCACGGGCAAGCUGCCGCAGCGCAACGUGGCGCCGCCGGCUAACGCUGCUGACCUCAAAGAUAAAAUGGAACAACAGUUACGCGAACAACGAGCUGCUCAUCAACAGAAGAGGGCAUUGGAAAUGUCGCAAGACAAAACAAAAUCUAACACCAACCAGAAUUGUGGCAAAAGUACACUUACGUCUUUGCUAACUACAAAUGCCACAACCCCUACUGGGCAAAAAACAGUUAUUGGCACUAGGAGGAUUAUUAUGACUAAAGGAGCUGAUGGAUCAACGCGUGUAAUCAGCCAGCCUAUCGCAGGACCAACGAAAUCGGCACAAAACGAUGGUACUUCAAAAUCAAAUGCUACUCCACAGAAAGAAGGGCCCCAAAAGGUUCAAAUAAUCCGGGCGCCCGAUGGAAAAAUAACUGUUAGAGGCUUAUUAGCGGGCCAGCAGCUGAUACAAAUGCCUGAUGGCAAAUUGCACGUCGUAAUGGCGGGUCAACAAGGAGUCACAGGGCAACUCGUAGCCGCUUCUCCUGCGCCCAAGCCGAUCGAAAGUAACAGUUCUCCCGGAGGAGACGUCAAGAACGCCGACGAUGCGAGACAGACGGGUCGCACCAGCACGGCCCCCGCUCAGCAGGUGGUGGUGCAGGGCAACCGGCAGAUCGUGGUGCAACCGGCGCAGCAGAUGGUGGUGCAGCCGCCUGCACAGGUGGUGGUGCAGCCGGCGCAGCCCGUGGUGGUGCAGGCGGGCGCGCGCGCGCUGGCGCCGCGCAUGCAGACCGUGCUGCUGCAGGCGCCGCUGCUGCCCCGUCCCGCCGCGCCGCGCGCCGCCGCGCCGCGCCCGCAGCCGCGCCCGCCGCAGCCGCAGCAGAUCGUCGUCAAUAACCCUGUCUUAGUGCAGCAGAUUGCUGCUGGCAAAAUUCAGCUUGCCACUGUCAACGGCCAGCAGGUUCUCAUUCGGCCGACUGGAAAUAACCAGGCGCAGAUAGUUGCCCACAUCGGCCAGAGUCCUUCAGGCGUGAGCGCGGCGCCGGUGUCGUCCCCGGCGCCCGCGCCCCGCCCCGCGCCGCCGCCGCUGGCGCCGCAGCCGGCGCCGCAGCCUAUUCAGCCGCAGCCGCAACAGCAACAACAACAACAGCUUACCGAAGAUGAAAUUGUAGAAAAGCGACUUCUGGUUGGCCAACCUCCUGGCACCGUUAUAAAAACUGUAACAGCACAGGUCAUGCAGACAAGUAGUGGUCCCAGCAUAGUUCUUCAAGGACUGCACGGGUAUUCUUUGACGCCGCAACAACUGGCGUUAGUGCAACACCAAGUUAAACAACAGUUGCUAAAAGCUCAAGAGUCUACAGGCAAGCAAGGUAUGCUGGGCCCCCGCAAGAUGUACCUGGCGGUGCAGCCGGCGCCCAGCGCGCCGCCGCCGCUGGCGCCCGUGGCGCCGCAGCCGCUGCACGCCAUACAGUCCUUGCAGCCGCUGCCCGUGCCCACGCAUCAGGAUGUUAGCGAAGAAGAUCAAUUAAAACGACAAAAACUUAUGAACGGUGAAGAAAAUGUAGCUGAGGCGGCUAGUCAUCAGGAGGCGACACCUUCCAAACUUGAAGAUGUAAAAGAAAAUAACACGAAAACAGAUAUUAUUAAUUCCGGUCCGGAUGUUCUACAAAGUAAUAAAUUCGUGUUAACACCUGAUUAUAUCCAACAAACCAUUAAAAGUGCGCUCAAGCAAGAAAAUUUGAAUCCUGAAAUAGAGGAAAAGUUGCUGCAGCUUCAACGCUAUCAAGAGAAACGAAUGAAGCCGGAGGUUCAGCCAGAGAGAGAGACUCGGGCGAUCGCUGUGAUCGCUCGGUCACCCACGCCGCCCGCGCGCCGCCGCGUCACUUCUUCACGACACGACGACGACGACGACGAGUGGGUGGACAGCAGUCCGCGCAAGCGAACGCGCGGCGGCCGGCCGUGCUCGCCGCCGCCCGCCGCCCCGCCCGCCGCCGCCCGCGCGCCCGCCCGCGUGCCGGCCGCCGCGCCCAUCGCGCCGCCGCCCGCGCCCGCUGCGCCGCCCCCGCCCUCACAUCCCCACCCUACGGGCCUUGAUGAGCGUCGUCGAGCCGCUUCCAAUAAUUCUCGGCUACAGAUGUUGCUCUUCAAACACAAGGAGAUGCUUAAAAAGGAUAUUAUAAAAAAGCGAGGUCUCUUAGAAAAAGAGCUCGGUGUCGAAAUCCAGAAAGAGUUGUCGGCUGAGCUGGCACUCCGAACUCGCGCUGAACGCACCAAGCAAGAGGAAGUGAGAGGAGGCAAGCGACGCGGAACAACCGCCCCUUCCACGCCCAGACCUAACAAGAGAUCUGUUAAGAAAGAAAAAUUAUUAUGUAUAUGUCGCACUCCGUACGACAACACCAAAUUUUAUGUUGGCUGCGAGCACUGCAGCAAUUGGUUCCACGGCGAUUGCGUUGGAGUCACGGAAGAAAUGAGUAAAACGAUGGAAGAGUAUGUAUGUCCAGAUUGUCGACGCGCCGAGGAAACCCAAGAGUUGUACUGUCUUUGCCGGCAACCAUACGAUAAUUCACAAUUUUACAUAUGUUGCGACCGGUGUCAAGAUUGGUUCCAUGGUCGUUGUGUUGGUAUAUUACAGUCAGAAGCAGAUAACAUUGAUGAGUACAUUUGCCCCAAUUGUCAAAAAAAUAAUUCAGUCAAUUAUGCGAAUAUGAAAGAGUUAACUCAAAAAGACUUUGAAAACCUAAAGAGGCUUGUUAAACAGAUACAACUCCACAAAAAUGCUUGGCCAUUCAUGGAACCUGUAGAUCCCAGAGAAGCUCCCACCUACUACAAAGUUAUCAAAGAACCUAUGGAUUUACAAACAGUGGAAAGAAAAGUGAAUGAACAAAUAUAUAGUACUUUAAGUGAGUUUAUUGGUGAUAUGACGAAAAUAUUUGAUAACUGUCGAUACUUCAAUCCAAAGGACUCCGAAUUUUAUCGAUGUGCUGAAGGUCUUGAAGCAUUUUUUGCACAAAAAAUUAAGUACUUUCGUGAAAAGUUAUUCGAAACGACUCAAUGAUAAAAGUUCUAGUGUACAGUGUCUAAAGUAUAACAUGUGAUGAAUUCGGUCUACAAUAGAACACGUUCGCUAUUUUCACUUAUCGUUUUUAUUUUCUAUGAUCUGUAUGUAAAUUGUAAACUAUGUGAUGAACACUACAAAGAAUAAUUUAUAUUAAAUUUCGAUCUAAAGGUAUCUAAAGGAGUUUGUCAGUUUGGUUCUAUUUCAAAGUAUUUAUUGUAUUUAUUACACACUUCAAUUCCCGAAUAAAGCUGACGCUCUUUAGAUAUAAGGCUCUUGACGGGAAAUAUUAUUAUGUAUAGUUUUUGUGAGAUAUUAUGUUAGCUAAUAUAAAUUAGCAACUUUAGUUAGUUUAGUUGUAUUUAGAAUAAGACAAACAUAUUGUAUGUAAGUAAUAAAUUUUUAAUAAGAA